AUGACUACCAAAGCUCUCCUUGUAGCCUCCUGGCUUAGUAUUGCAACAGUCCCAACCAUAUACACGAAGCUCCAAUCCAUAAUUCCCGCAAUGUCGGGAACUACGAAUUUCGCUGCGCCAAACGACGGCGACGGUAUCCACUACCUCGGGGCCUGCAAUCUCAACAACGUAUGGUGGGCCGAUGUAUGCUUGGAUGCAGCUACGUUCAAGCAGACUAAAGGCACGUCGUAUGUGGAUGGAGGCGGGACGCGGAAUGCGGAGGAUAAGGUGCUGCAGCACAACGUCGGCGGAACGGUAGCGGAAUUCACCUUUGCGAAUAUCAAGGUCGAUGGCGCGGAUGUUGUUGCGGGCGUGGAUGGGAAUAGGGCGGUGAGUUUAGGAUAUUUAGUUAUUGCUCCUAGUCUUCUUUAUACGAAUACCAUCUCCAACUCUUGCAUACUCGACAGCUCGAUUUGCUGGUUCUACAAAGGAGUUGACGACGAGUCAGAGCCCAACAAAACGGCUGGUGCGCCGGAUGGAAAGGUGUGCGCUACUAGCGCUAUCAGAACAAGUGGGUGCUAG